AUGCACUUCGCAACGGAGCUCUCAGGUGGAGAUCUCAGACAACGGUACAGAAUUCUUAAUGAACUGUACAAGGUGAACAACCUUCCAACGUUCGUGAUCCCAGAGGCCAUGUUUAUCGAUGGCUCCUCUCCACCAGAGUCCGACCCCACGCCAGAGAUCCCUGUAAACCCAGACCCUAUUGCUCCAGUUACACCAGCGCCUAAGUCGUGUGCAACGAUACUGCCACCAACUUCUCCUGCGAGCUUCACCGCGUCUUCUGAUGACGAAUCGAAUGCCUACGUUGAAAUUGUAGCACUAUCACCACCCCCAGCACCAGAGGACAUUGAAGCACAUUCACCACUCCAAAUACCAGCGGAGUCUCCACGAGUCUCUGCACUCUAUGAUGAACGCGACAAGCACCUGACACCUGCAUCUCCGCAUACAGGCGCGUCACCAGCAAGAUACUCAACACUAGGUAUGCAGAAUGCUUGCUGA